ACCAUCAAUAUUUCAAUUCAAAGUAAUCCAAUUUUUAUUCUUCUCGUUACUUAAAAUUGUCCAUUACAUUUUUUCGUCUUAGUACUCUUUUUUUAAAAUAAGUAUUACUUUUAAAUCUAUGUUAUUUUAACAUUGAAUUUUGUUAAAGAAGUUGCUUAUUUGUAUAUUAAAAUAGAAGAUGGAAAAGGAUUCAACUGAACGUGUCGGUGCUAACGGUGACAUAUUUGGACACCGAUUGAAACAACUAACGGAUGAAGAGAAACAGCGAUUAGAAAACCAAAAUAGCCGUUUGAUUCCUGAGGCGAAGGCAGCCAAAUUAGAACGAGAAGCGAGACGACAUUGGGAUAUCUUCUACAAACGAAAUGAAACUAAAUUCUUCCGCGAUCGCCAUUGGACCACACGUGAGUUUCAAGAGCUGAUAAACUUUGAUCCGGAACAACAAAUUGUAUAUUUAGAGCUGGGCUGCGGCGUUGGAAACAUGGUUUUCCCGUUGGUCGAAGAAGGUUUCUCGAAUUUUUACUUUUACGCGUGUGAUUUUUCACCACGUGCUGUGGAGUUCGUGAAGGCGAACAAGUUAUACAAUGAGAGUAAAAUGAAGGCUUUCACCGCUGAUUUGACCACAGAUGACUUGUUCGAGAACAUAGCAGAAGGUUGUGUGGAUAUUGCGAGUCUUAUAUUCGUUCUAUCGGCGAUUCAGCCGUCCUCGUGGCCGCAAGUGGCGCGGGUAGCAUUCCGCGCGCUCGCGCCGGGCGGCAUUCUCUUGUUUCGCGAUUAUGGCAGAUAUGAUAUGGCACAAUUACGAUUCAAGCCUGGACAUAAAAUAGCUGACAAUUUCUAUAUGCGACAAGAUGGCACAAGGAGUUACUACUUUACAGUGGAAGAGCUAGAAAAACUAUUCACUGAAGCGGGCUUUGAGAUCCUCAUGAACACAUAUGUACAACGUCGCACAGUCAAUUUCAAGGAAGGUGUUGAUGUGCCACGCAUCUUUGUUCAGGGAAAAUAUAGAAAACCAGUCACUAGUAGUUGAAACCUUCCGAAGGCCAAUGGGAUGAAAUAUUUUUGAAAAAUGGUAAUGGUUGUGGUGUGAAAUACAACAAUAGAUGAUCAAAUGAAUUGAAUAUUAAUGAGGAGAUGGAAAAAGGAAAGUUCCAAUCGCUUUGAAAAUCAACAGUGACAUUUGGAAAGGAUCAAAGACAAGCAAACCACAUCAAGUACUGCCAGUUUGUCACAUACGAGUAUGAGAAGGGAACUUAUAGUUGAGAGAUGAGCAGCAGCGUCCGUUUAAAAAGUCUAAUUUGAACUAAAGCCGAUCACUACAACACUUUUUAUAAAGCAUUGAAUAAAGAGCAAAAAAGUGGAAGGGAGAUAUUUGACAACCUUAUAACAUGUCACAAACGAACUGGGCCCAUAACUGACUGAACAUAAGGUGCUGGAGUAUUUAAGCGAGAUUCCCUCUGAAUGACAAGAAAGGAACUUAUAGUCGAGAAAUGGACAGCAGCGUCUGUUUAAAAAGUCACUCAAUCCUAACUGCUGUUUAAACUCGCCUGCCAAGCCAGCAACUACUGUUAAAACUCCUCCAAUAAUUAAUACCAUAAGAAAACUGCCCUUAGACUCCAAUGGCUCGCUAUUCCUGCCCAAAGUAGCAGUUAUGAUAAUGUUGGACCAAAGAGUGCUAAAAAUCUCCAACAGCAAUUCGGCUGUCAGCAAAAAUGACUAGUCCUGACAACAUAUAGAGCAUCUCAUCAUAGAAGUCGAGUGGAUACAAGGUAACAUGUCACAAACGGACUGGGCCCAUAACUGACUGAACAUACGGUACUGGAGUAUUUAAGCGAGAUGCCUUCUGAAUGACAAGAAGAGAACUUAUAGUUGAGAGAUGAGCAGCAGCGUCCGUUUAAAAAGUCACUAAAUCCUAACUGCGGUUUAAACUCGCCUGCCAAGCCAGCAACUACUGUUAAAACUCCUCCAAUAAUUAAUACCAUAAGAAAACUGCCCUUAGACUCCAAUGGCUCGCUAUUCCUGUCCAAAGUAGCAGUUAUGAUAAUGUUGGACCAAAGAGUGCUAAAAAUCUCCAACAGCAAUUCGGCUGCCAGCAAAAAUGACUAGUCCUGACAACAUACAGAGCAUCUCAUCAUAGAAGUCGAGUGGAUACAAGGUAACAUGUCACAAACGAACUGGGCCCGUAACUGACUGAAGAACACAAGACAAAUACCUAAAGCUACGAGUAAUGAUGUCUAUGGUUUAUGGGAACAUAGAAUACACAGAUAGAUGUCGCAUCAGUCCGUGAUAUCGACGCAAGAUUAAAGGAUCAAGAAUUUCGUAAGAAAUUCAAGGUGGUCAAGGCGAAAGGCGGAAGUUAUGCUUACCUUCGAUAGCUGCAACUCACUAGUACAGCGCUGGUGUGCCUAAAUGGAUGACCUUAACACCGCAGUACAGCUCCUCGUCUUCUUUGCUGUUUUGGGUGGCUUCGAUGGGCAGAAUACAACACGGGAUAAUCUUUAAGUUUGAUUUGUCUCACACAACACUAUAAUACAGAGAGAGAGAGGCAGAGGGCGUGCUGUUACUGUUACUUCGGAGCGAUAUGUGGCCAUGAUCGAGGAGUUUUUCACACAAAAAUUGCAAUACUUUCCAGACUUUAAUGCCCGAACAUGGUUUCAACAGGAUGGAGCAACUUCCCACACCUCCAAUACUGCUAUGCCCGUUAUCCGUCAACUUUUUCCAAACAAAGUUAUCUCUAAGAGAGGAGACAUUUCCUGGCCACCACGUAGCCCGGAUCUGACUCCAAUGGAUUUUUUUUUGUGGGGCUACCUUAAGGCUAAAGUGUACGACUCUAACCCGCGGUCAAUUAAUGACCUAAAAGAAAACAUCCGCAGAGAAAUGGCAAGCAUUUCAGCAGUGACGUGCCGCGCAGUCAUCGACAAUUUCAGAAGGCGUUUGCAAGAGUGCCGUGACUGUAACGGAUUACAUUUGGACGACGUUAUUUACAAAAAAUAAUUCCCGUUUUUCUAGCUAUAUUUACAAAUAAAAAUAUUAUUCAUAGUGUAAUUAGUUUUAUUUUAAUUAAUUUUUUUUAUUACUAAGGACUUAUGGGCCACCUGUAUAUUUUCAAUGUGAUGCGCACGCGCGACGGGUUCGCUCGGCAAGCGGGAUAAUUGCACUCUGCUCUGUGUCGUUUUUGGUGCGUCACUUGCCCACAGAGCAUAAUAAAAUAGAUGAACCCAGGGACAAUCAAAGCGGCGUAACCACAAGGUGUAGAAAAGAAAUGAAUAAAUGAAACUUUUCAAAUAUGAUAAUUAUAUUUCUUUAUUUUUUUAUUUUAUUAAAUAAAAGUUGAAUCAUUUUUUUUUCGAGUGUUUGAUUUUGUAACUUGUUACCGUCCAUAAUAUGGCUAGGCUGAUGGGAUCACAAGCAAUGUGAUACUACUACCACACGUGUUGUCAAAAACGUAUUGUCAAAAUAAAUUUUAUUAAUUUGA